AUGCAGAGCGACGCGGCAAGGAUCGCAGGAUGUCACCAAACCACUGUGGGAGACGCUUUGUUUGCAUUUGUGCGAGCAUUGAAUAGAAGGGCAGGCCAGUUCAUAUUCUGGCCGCGAGAAGGAGAGAAGAUCGAAAUAAGACGCAAGUUUUACACCAAAUUCGGCCUUCCGGGAGUUACUGGUGUCAUCGACGGCACUCACUGCCGAAUACAGCGGCCUACCGAAGGAGAAGAAGAGACUAUGUACUCCCCAAGUAAAGCAGCUGAAAUAGUGGUAACCUGCUGCGUACUUCGAAACAUAGCGAUAGGUGCCAAUGAGCCUAGCGAUUAUGACGAGUACUCAGGAGAACUUCGGCAGGAUGGCGAGGUUCCAUCUGAGCCAUCAACCGAAGCUCCCGAGCCCAGUGCGAUUUCUUUUAUGCGAGACAUAAUUGAACGUUAUUUUUGA